AUGCAUUGUCUUUCGUCCUGUAUUUUCCUACUUUUCAUUCUAACCGCAAUUGUUGACGCUCGUGUUCCAAUACCAUCGAAUUCUUUGUCCAAAGAUCAUGAUUUACAACACCACAGCGCUGAACCGGCUUGGAAAGCUGAAGAAGAUGAUGUUUAUGAUGAUGCUGAUGAUGAUGACGACGAUGUUACUGAGUCACGCGAGAAUCUUUGUGAACAAGGAAUGAAUAUGAUUGUCCAGCAUCAUGAUUUAUCCAAAUUAGAUCCAACACUUUUUCUUGCAUAUUGUCCACAGUAUGAUCAACGAUUGGCAUCGGUGAUGAAGAAGUACAAUUCAAAUAAUAUGGACAACAAACGGCAAAUAUUACGUCGACGAGAAUUGAAAAAGCGAUUAGCACUUCGAUUUCUUCGUAAACGAAUGUCUUAA